ACGAAUAUUAAUAUUCCCACGCGACCCCCCACAACUUGGGUCAUGCAACUUUCACUUGAAGUGUUUGAGUUUGACAUUCUUUUAGGGUAAGGGUAUGUAUAGCUGCAUCCUGGACAAACUAGAGUCUGCCCAAUAUCGCGAGUGAACGGCUGAAACAUUCUUCUUCAGUGGCAGCCUGAACAGGUUCAACUUACUUGCUAUGAACAACCCUUGGGCCACAACCUGGGAGCAGCCAGACAAUCAGCCAAACAAUCGCAAGACACCCAUCCCGACACCGUCCUGGAACUAUACCAUUGGAAAUAAAACUCAGGAUCAAGAGGAAGAUAUAGGACUUCCAUCAUGGUCCGCAAGCAACGAUGCACAAUGGCCAGAAUCAUCUCACACCAGCGACGCUCUCUGGACCUCUUCCAUCGAUGACAGUGGCGUGUGGGGCUCUUCGACGUACGCAAAGAUAAACCUUUCUCGUCGGAGAAUAACAGAAGCAGUUGUUGAUUCAGAGACUCAAGAUGAAGUCGUAUGUCCCGUACCCGCAGCCAGCGAAGAAGACAACGUUGCAGGACCUGCUCCCCCAGAUUCCGUAGAGCCUCACCUAGUGCCACCAACAAUCGAUCUUACUCCCCAAGUUCCAGACAGCCCUAAUGUAGAUGGUGAUUUUGAAGCCAGCCCGUCUGUCAAAGGGGAAGAUGAGGAAACUGAGGAUGACAGUGAGGUAUGGGCAGACCCAGUAAACCUCUCAAUAGACGAUGGUGAUGAGUGGGGUGCCGCUUGGGUGGAUACAUCUGCAUCGGAGGUAUCUGUCGGUGCUGGAGAGCCACUAGAUGAAUGGGAAUCGGCGCGACAAGAGAAAGAGAAGUUAAAUCGUGCAGUGCCUCCAGAAAUGAUGGCAGCUCUCGUUCAGAAGUGCCAGGAAGUCUCUGGUGAGCUCUGGCCAGGGACGGCCUUCGACUCGGAUACUAGCAACUGGAGGACUGGUGUUGAUGGACUUGAGAACAUGUAUGUACAUAACCCGGUAUUUCCCUACGGUGCAAUUUACAUACCUUUUACUUCAGUGCGGUUUUAUUAAAC